AUGGCAUCUCAACUCCUCCCUCUGGGUAUCUCCACUCCCACUCGUCUACAAGCUUGCCAACUGACUUCCACCCCAGAACUCGUCGAUAAAUGUGUUGGCUCAAGAAUCUGGGUGGUGAUGAAGGGUGACAAGGGUAAAUUUCUCUCCUCCACUCCACCCAUCUCAGCUUGACCAUCGUUGAUCCUCAGCUAACUAAUCUACCAACCCCAGAAUUCAGCGGAACAUUGGUCGGCUUUGAUGACUACGUCAGUACGUGUCCUAUCACCUCCCUCCCCCAACUCCACUUGAUUAUGAACUGACAAAAAGUAGACAUGGUCCUGGAGGACGUAACAGAAUAGUGCGCUCCCCCUACCCUCUCAAACCUCAGCCUGAAACGGGUUGGAGUGUUAGGAAGUGUAGUUAAUAGGUAAACGGCCGACAGUGAGAGCACCGGGGAUCAAGUAAAGCUUAAAAAGAUACUUUUGAAUGGGAACAAUAUUUGCAUGGUAUGUCAGUUCUGAUUCCGUAAAACUUUGGGGGGGGGGGGGGAGGGAGCUAAUUUUUGCACAAGUUGAUUCCCGGAGGUGAUGGUCCCGGGAAUUCGACGGCAUGAGGUAGGGAAUGUCGAAGAGGAAGGCAAGAGACGGAGAGGUGGGUAAUGAUUGCUAGGCUAUAUUAGGUACUUACGACGGCGAGGUUAAUGCAUAAAAUACGCUUCA